ACCGCUCGCCAGCAGCCCGGAGAAAGCUUUCGAGCGAGCGCCGGAGAGCCCGGCGGAUUAUGGGGAGGUCGGCGAUGGAGAGCAGCAGCGAGGAGGAGCUGGAGGACGACUUCCCGGGCCACGAGUGGAUCACCCCGCAGUCCUCCAUCCGCGCCGCCUACCAGUCCCAGACCGAGAAGGGUAUCAGGAAAAUCUGCUCCGAGCUACUGGAGCUGAAGGAUGCCAUCGAAAACCUGUGCGGGAAUAUGCAGUCGAAAUAUCAUGCUUUCCUCAGAAUAUCUGAGGAGGUUGUUGAGGCAGAACAGGAGUUAAUUGAGCUACAGAAGCAUGUGUCUGCCCAGGGGAUGCUUGUGCAAGAUCUGAUGAGUGGUGUGUGCCGCGAGCUUGAAAUGUGGCAAAAAUAUAGCAAGGAAGAACAUGCUGUGGAAAAGGAUUUUGAGAGUGAACUUAAUGAAAUUUUAUCUGUUGGUACUCAAGACCCCAAAGUUAUUUUUCUGGAUAAAUUGGACAUUUUGCUAGCAGAGCACAAAAUAGAGGAGGCUCUUCUUGCUCUGGAAACUGAAGAGAAGAAAUAUAUGGCUACAGAUAAUCCAGGCAAAGAAUCAGAUACAGAGAUUUCUGCCUAUAAGACUGCACUAUUAAGAAGGAAAUCAACUCUUGAGGAUCAGCUUGUUAGGUAUUCAGAACAGCCAUCUUUAUCUAUUACCGAACUAAGAAAAUCUUUGUCUGGUUUAAUUAAGAUUGGUAAAGGUUCUGUAGCCCAUCAAGUACUUCUAAAAACUUAUGGUUCACGCCUUCAGAAAAAUAUUGAGGGAUUUCUUCCAACCUGUUCAGUCUACAAAGAAACUUACUCUGCAACCUUGUCACAACUUGUUUUCUCAGCAAUCUCAAAGGUGUUCAAUGAAUCUAGUACCCUAUUUGGAGAUAGCCCCACGAAUAUGAACAGGAUUACUCAAUGGGCUGAAUAUGAAAUAGAAGUUUUUGCGCGUUUGGUUAAAGAAAAUUCUCCUUUGCUUGAGAGUGAUGCUGCCCUUCGCUCUGCCUGCAUAUGCAUACAAACUACUCUUGCUCACUGCUCUUGUCUAGAAAUACAUGGGCUGAAAUUCUCAAAGUUACUCAUGGUACUAUUGUGCCCUUAUAUCGAAGAGGUGCUUGAUCUGAAUUUUAGAAGGUUGAGAAGAAAGAUUAUUGAUCUAGCAAGGAAUGAUGAUAUUCUUCUUCUCACUCCUCAAGAAGGGUCACCUCCAUCUGGUGCAGUUGCACCUAAGAUGACUCUUACAAGCAGUGGAAAGAAGUUUAUGUCCAUCGUCAAUGAUGUUUUGGAUCAAGUUACCCCAAUGACCAUAGUUCACUUUGGUGGAACAAUUUUGAACAAAUUUCUCCAGCUAUUUGAUAGAUAUGUCGAAGCACUUAUCAAAGUCUUGCCAGGACCUUCUGAAGAUGAUAAUGUAGUGGAGUCAAAAGAGCCUGUAGAAUUUAAAGCUGAAAGUGAUGCGCAGCAGCUUGCACUAAUUGGAACAGCAUAUACCAUAGCAGACGAUUUAUUGCCAGCAGCUGUAUCCAAGUUUUUUGAUAUGCAAAAAGAUAAGAAAGGAACUAGUGGACCAAAUCAAGGCCUUGGUCCCGGGUCCGUAUACUCUACAGAAUACAAAGAGUGGAAACGUCAUCUACAACAUUCAUUGGACAAACUGAGGGAUCACUUUUGCCGACAGUAUGUCUUAUCAUUUAUUUACUUGGAAGGGAAAUCGCGAUUGGAUGCUAGAAUGUACUUGGAGGGGAACAAGGAUGAUCUCCAUUGGGAUUCUGAUCCCUUACCGUCACUACCGUUCCAGGCGCUGUUUGGAAGAUUGCAACAGCUAGCCAGUGUUGCGGGUGAUGUUCUACUAGGCAAAGAGAAGGUACAGAAGGUCUUGCUAUCAAGGCUAACUGAAACGGUCGUCAUUUGGCUCUCCAAUGAACAGGAAUUCUGGGAUGUCUUUGAGGACAAGUCCAUCCAACUCCAGCCUUCUGGACUUCAGCAGCUUAUCCUUGAUAUGCACUUCCUCGUGGAGAUUGCUGUAUGUGGACGAUACCCGCACAGACCAGUUCAGCAGCUUGUGUCGGUAAUAAUUACUAGAGCAAUUGCAGCAUUCUCAGCAAGGGAUGUUGACCCACAAAGCGCUCUUCCGGAGGAUGAAUGGUUUCUCGAGUCUGCCAAGGCUGCAAUCCACAAACUCAUGUUGGGGACUUCUGGAUCCGAGUCUGACCUCGAAGUACCUGUCGCUCUGCACGACGAAAUAUCAGAUUCUGAAGAGAGCACUUCAACCGCGUCAACUGUAGGGUCUGAAGACUCAUUUGCUUCUGCAAACAAUGAUGACCUAGAAAGCCCUGUGUACUUCACCGAUCCUGAGGCGUAAAGAGUUGCCUCAGUCUUGUAGAUGCGAGUAUGACUAUUUCAGGUUCUGUUAGCCUGUAUGCUUGUCGGAGAUGUCAUCAGUAAUUAUUGCCUUGAUGGUUAGCUAUAUAUCAGGUUUACUUAUUUUCCUAAAUUUCUUGCCUUUUUAGCAACUAGUUACUCAAAAAUGAGCAUGGCGAUUAUUUAUUAGGCGCAUACAAAGGUGCAGAAA